AUGGACAAUUUCUCCAGCAAAGUACGGGUGUUUGAUGCCUUUCCCAAGGUGUCACCCGAGCACUCGGUUCGGUCGCAGCGAGGAGGGUUUUCCACUAUGCUCACCAUGUUUUGUGGCCUUUUGAUCAUCUGGAUUCAAAUCGGAGGAUUUCUUGGUGGCUAUGUGGAUCACCAGUUUGCAGUGGAUAAAGCCAUCCGAACGGAUCUCCAGAUCAAUGUGGAUAUACUUGUGGCCAUGCCAUGUCAGUUUCUCACGACAAAUGUCCGGGAUAUCACCUAUGACACUUAUAUGGCUAGAGAAGUACUAAACUUCCAAGGUGUUGGGUUCUUUGUGCCCGAACAGUUCGCUAUCAACAGCCAGAACUCUGAUUACAAGACUCCAGACCUCGAUGAGAUCAUGCAAGAGACUAUUAGGGCGGAGUUCAACGUGGUUGGAGCUAGAGUCAACGAACACGAACCAGCAUGCCAUAUUUUUGGCAGCAUUCCCGUAAACCACGUCAAGGGUGAGUUCAAGAUUUUGCCCAGAACAUUUCUGCCCACUGACAGGCUGUCAAUCUCGCUGCAGUCGUAUAACUUCACUCACAUGAUCUCUGAAUUUUCCUUUGGAGAGUUCUAUCCAUUCAUUGUCAACCCAUUGGACUUCACCGGCAAGGUUACCGAGGAGCAUACGCAGUCAUACAUUUACUUUGCCAAAGUGGUGCCAACAAUCUACCAAAAGCUCGGAUUGGUUGUGGAUACUUACCAGUAUGCAUUGACAGAGAUUCAUAGAGCUUCUGGGGGCACACCAGGAAUUUCCUUCUCUUACUCUUUCGAGCCCAUUAAGCUUACAAUCCGUGAGAUGAGAAUCUCGUUUAUCGAGUUCGUAGCUAAGUUGGCCACAAUACUUUCUGGAUUGCUCAUUGCUGCAGGGUAUCUUUUUAAGCUCUACGAAAAGUUGCUUCAGAUUCUCUUUGGUAAGAAGUACACAGAGAAGGACACGGAGAAAAAAAAGGGAGGACUUCUUGACCGAGCUGCCCCCUCAAAGGAUUAUUAA